ACUAAAAGAAGGAAAAGAUGGGAUUAAUCUCACACAGAGUGAAGAGAAGCGAUUUGAAAAUCGGGGACCAUAUCUACACAUGGAGGAAUCUCUUCAUCUACACUCAUCACGGUUUCUUUCUUUCUUUCUUUAUUCUUCUUUCCCUUUUCUCCAUUUCUUUUUUCAUUCUACAUUGUAUUUCAGGCAUCUACGUCGGUGACAACAAAGUGGUGCACUUCACUCUUGACCAGGGUUCGAGUUUCUCAUCGUCCUCCGUUUCGACUGUACCGAUUGCCUGUCUGAAUUUUCCAGACAGCUGUUGCUCAACGAGUGGAGUCAUUAUCUCUUGCCUGAAUUGCUUCCUUCAAAAUGGAUCUUUGCACCGUUUUGAGUACGGAGUUAGUUUCCUAGCUUAUAGCGCUAAAAUCCGAGGCGGCUGCACUGCUGCAAAAUCCGACUCGAUGGAUGUGGUGUUUUACAGAGCUAUGUAUUUGCUUUGGAAUGGAUUAUUUGGGGACUAUGAUUUGUUCAGUAAUAACUGUGAGGACUUUGCUCUCUACUGUAAAACGGGAUUGCUUGUCCUUGCCGGGACAGAUUCUUCUUCGGGAGGCAGCAGCGGUCAAGUGAUGUCUGCUGUAGCGGGCCCCACUUCUGUGAUUCUUUCUUUGCCCCUUCGAAUAUUCUUCUCGAACCCAAUUGUUCUUACAGCAGCAACUACUUUCUAUUUGUCUCGUUAUGUUUGUGACAUUGGUGUGUGCGAUGAUGCAAUUAAGGUUAAGGUAGAGGACUUAGCAUCGAUCCGUGGUAAUCAAACUUCGGCGAGGCGGCUCUAA